ACGAUGUGUACAAAUCGAUUUCAUUCUCGUAGUUUCCCAAGUUUGUGAAAAAUAGAAAUUACGUAAAAUGAACCACUUUAUCUUUACCGUGUCUUUCCUUGUUUCAGCUUUAUUUCUAUAUGCAUAUGGAAAAUCUUCGUCUCGGAUUAUUGGGGGUGAGGUUGCACGAGCGGGUCAGUUUAGAUUUGCAGCAACCAUUCAUGUGCAAACUAGUGACAGUAAAUUCUUCUGUGGAGGUGCCCUUACUGGAAAUCAGUGGAUUAUAACUUCGGGAUACUGGGUAUACAAUGCUGAACUUUUCACAGUUCAACUUGGUUCAAACACCCUAGAAGGUGACGAUCCAAAUCGUGUAACUGUUGCUACUUCCACCUAUUAUUUGCACCCUGAUUUUAAUCCAGACACACUUGAAAAUGACAUCGCCGUCAUCGAACUUCGAUUGCCCGUUACGUUAAAUGAGUAUAUCCAACCAAUUUUUAUCGCAAGCUACGACCAUGUGAAUAAUAUUCCGGCUACAUCCUUAGGAUUUGGACAAAUAAGCGAUUCUGAUCCAGAACUUUCUAAUGACCUUAGAUAUAUAGCUACCACAACGCUGACGAACGAAGAGUGUCGUCUGUAUUAUGGAAGUCAAAUUACGGACAAUAUGAUUUGUGCUUCUGGGAAUUAUAAUGAAGGAACUUGUAUUGGUGAUACUGGCGGACCAUUAGUAAUAACUGAAGGUGGUAGACACGUCAUGAUUUUUGGGGUUGCAAGCUUCAUUAGUGGAAAUGGUUGUGAGAGCACAGAUCCUUCAGGUUACACAAGAAUUUACCAAUAUGGAGAGUGGAUUUACAAUAUAACUGGAUAUUAUGGAUAAUAAAUUUUCGAUGUUAUCAAAUUGUUGAUUGGGAUGAAUAAACGAAUCACUGGCGUCA